AUGCCGUGCCGAAAGAGCCGCGAGCCCUCGGCAGCGGCGGGAGGCGACGCGUCCCGGGGAGGCGGCGGCUGGGGACGCUCCCGGUGCCCCCCAGCCCUGCUCGGGGCCGGGCUGCGCCCCGCAGCUUGGGGGACCCGGGGACCCCUCUGCGGGCCGGCGCUGCUUUUAGCCGGGGGCCCCUGCCUUUUCCGCUACAACGCCCUGUCCCUGGUGUACCUGCUCUUCCUGCUGCUGCUGCCCUGGUUCCCAGGGCCCUCCCCACGCUUCCGCACAGGUCACACCAGCCGCAUCAUCAAAGCUCUGCUGGGCACCAGCAUCCUCUUCCUCCUCGCCCAGCUGGUUUUCCAGAUAUGCCUCUACACGCUGCCCUUCCUGGACCAGCUGCUGGAGCCCAACUGCAGCUCCUGGGAGGUCCUUGCUCGGCACAUCGGGAUCACCAGGCUGGAUUUGAGGGACAUCCCCAACUCGGUGAGGCUGGUGGCACCCGACGUUGGCAUCCUGCUGGUGUCGUCCCUGUCCCUGUGCCUGUGCAGCCGCCUCAGCCGUGCCAGCUGCAGAGGGAAUCCCGAGUCCCUGGAGUCCUCUGAGUGGAGGGAGGAGAGGGCCGCGGGGCGGGCGCGGCGCGCGGCGCACGGGGACGCGCGGCUGCGGAGCCGCCUGCGGGACAAGGCUCACUCCCUGCUCUGGGAGGCUGGCAAGGGCCUGGCCAUCCUGCUGCUGGCCCUGGCAGGGAUCACCCUGCCCUCCGCCUCCUCCAGCGUCUACUUCCUGCUCUUCAUGGGGCUGUGCACGUGGUGGGCCUGUCACCUCCCCACCAGCCACCAGGUCUUCAACGUCUUCUGCAUCCUCGUGGGCAUCUACAGCGCCUGCCACCUGCUGUGCCUCUAUGCCUACCAGACCCCCUUCGUCCAGGGGAUCUUCCCACCCCCCACCAUCUGGGCACGGGUGUUUGGCUUCAAGGACAUCAUCCUGUACUACAACUGCUCCCAGCCCAACACCCUGGAGCUCAACAGCAGCUACCCCUGGUUCGUCUACACCAGCCCUGGCAUCCUGCUCCUGCUCUACUACACCGUGGCCACCCUGGUGAAGCUGCGCUGGCGCGAGGCCAAGAGAGGCGUGGCACCAGCACGGCCGAGGGACCUGGUGGAGCUGGAGAGCUGGCCCCAGGACGCCGACCGCGUGGCCGAGGACACCAAGGUGGGUCUGGGGGGGCUCUGCAGGGAUGGGGGUGCCAGGGUGGGCUCUGACCCUCUCUGCCCUCAGCCCAUGCUGUGCCCCAACACCGGGAAGCCGAGCGCCGGCAACGAGAACUGCACCGUCCACAGCUUGAGCACACGCAGGAGGCAUCCGGCGCUGUGGCUGCCCCUGCACGCCCUGGGCCACGUCCUCAUGAAGCAGAGCUACGUGUCCGCUCUCAUCGCCAUGAUGGUGUGGAGCAUCUUCUACCACAGCUGGCUGACCUUCGUGCUGCUGCUCUGGGCGUGCCUGAUCUGGACGGUGCGGAGCCGCCGGCACUUCGCCAUGCUGUGCUCGCCCUUCCUGGUGCUCUACGGCAUCGCCCUGUGCAGCCUGCAGUACGUGUGGGCCAUGGACGUGGUCCCCGAGCUGCCCACCCACAUCAGCUUCCUGCGGCUGCAGCCGCUGGGGCUGGUGCACCACAGCUACCCCUGCAUAGCUCUGGGGGCCAAGCUCCUGUUCACCCUCACCUUCUGGAUGCUGCUGCGGCGCUUCGUCACCGAGAAGGUGCUCGCGAGGAGGGCCCCGGCCACGCCGCUGCUGGAGGUGUCCACCGCCGACACGGACGCCAGCCAGACGCGGGACGUGCUGCGCAAGCUGGGGGAGGUGGUGAGGAACUUCUUCGCCAAGUUCUGGUUCUUCAUCUGCGCCGCCAAGUUCAUCGUGGUGACCUUUGCCGGCCGCCUCGUCGUCUACAAGAUCGUCUACAUGCUCCUCUUCCUCCUGUGCCUCAUCCUGUUCCAGGUGUACUACAGCCUGUGGCGCAAGGUGCUCAAGGGUUUUUGGUGGCUGGUGGUGGCCUACACCAUGCUGGUGCUCAUCGCCACCUACACCUACCAGUUCGAGGACUUCCCCAUGUACUGGAGGAACCUGACAGGCCUCACUGAUGGCCAGCUGAGCGACAUGGGCCUGGAGCAGUUCAGCGUCUCCAAGCUCUUCUCCAGCAUCCUCCUGUUGGGUUUCUUCCUCCUGGCCUGCAUCCUCCAGCUCCACUACUUCCACGAGCCCUUCAUGCUCCUCACUGACCUGCAGCACGUCCGCCCCGUCUCUCCAGCCCCCUGCCACAUCCCCAGGUCGGAGGAGCUGCACGGGAGCCGCCUGCUGCGGGACGCGGCCGCGGCCGAGACCGCCCAGGCCCGGGACCCGGACACCGCCUCCCUGGUGUCCAACAAAUGGGGGCUGGUGCUGGAGCGCCUGGUGGUGCUGGGCCGGACCUUCUCGGAGAUGAUGACGCGCGGGGAGGUCUUCAUGAGGCGCCUGCUGGAGCUCCACGUCCUCAAGCUGGUGGCUCUCUACACUGUCUGGGUGGCCCUGGAGGAGGUCUCGGUGAUGAACUUCUUGCUGGUGCUGCUGUGGGCCUUGGCCAUGCCCUACUGCCGCUUCCGCCCCAUGGCCUCGUGCCUCUCCACCGUCUGGACCUGCAUCAUCAUCGUCUGCAAGAUGCUCUACCAGCUCGAGGUCGUGGACCCCCGCCAGUACUUAAGCAACUGCACCCAGCCCCUACCCAACAGCACCAACCUGACCCCAGAGGAGCUGGGCAACUCCACGCUGUACCGUGGCCCCGUGGACCCUGCCAACUGGUUCGGCAUCCGGAAGGGCUUCCCCAACUGGGGAUACGUCAAGAACCACCUGCAGGUGCUGCUGCUGCUGGUGCUCGAGGCCGUGGUGUACCGGCGCCAGCAGUACCACCGCAAGAAGCACCAGCUGGUGGCCCCCGUCACCGAGACCGUCUUCGAGGACGUCUCCCGCCAGCACCUCGACCUCGGCCUCGUCAGCUGCGCCAAAUACUUCAUCAACUACUUCUACUACAAGUUUGGCUUGGAGAUCUGCUUCCUGAUGAUGGUGAACGUGAUCGGGCAGCGGAUGAACUUCCUGGUGAUCCUGCACGGCUGCUGGCUCGUGGUGAUGCUGACGCGGCGGCGGCGCGCCGCCAUCGCCCGCCUCUGGCCCAAGUACUGCCUCUUCCUCGUCGUCUUCUUCCUCUACCAGUACCUGCUGUGCCUGGGGAUGCCGCCCGCCCUCUGCAUGGACUACCCGUGGCGCUGGAGCCACACCAUUCCCCUCAACUCGGCGCUCAUCAAGUGGCUCUACCUGCCCGACUUCUUCCAGCCUCCCAAAUCCACCAACCUCAUCAAUGACUUCAUGCUGCUGCUGUGCGCGGCCCAGCAGUGGCGCGUCUUCGAGGCCGAGCGCUCCGAGCCGUGGCUGCAGGCGGCCGGGGACAACUCGGACCGGCUGGACCGGGAGCAGGACCGCCACAACCCCACCCCAAACUUCAUCUACUGCAGGUCCUACCUGGACAUGGUGAAGGUGGUGGUGUUCCACUACUUCUUCUGGGUGGUCCUGGUGGUGGUUUUCAUCACCGGCAGCAACCGCAUCAGCCUCUUCGGCCUGGGCUACGUGCUGGCCUGCUUCUACCUGCUGCUCUCGGGCAGCGCCAUGCUGCGCAAGCCGGCCCGCGCCCGCCUCGCGCUCUGGGACUGCCUCAUCCUCUACAACAUCACCGUCAUCAUCUCCAAAAACAUGCUGUCGCUCCUGUCCUGCGUCUUCGUGCAGCAAAUGCAGAGCAGGUUCUGCUGGGUGAUCCAGCUCUUCAGCCUCGUCUGCACCGUCAAGGGCUACUACAACCCCAAGGCGAUGCACAAGGACCACGACUGCACGCUGCCCGUGGAGGAGGCCGGCAUCAUGUGGGACAGCAUCUGCUUCUUCUUCCUCCUGCUCCAGCGCCGCAUCUUCCUCAGCUCCUACUACCUGCACGUCAUGUGGAACCUCCGAGCCUCUGCCCUGCAGGCUUCCAGGGGUGUGGCGCUGUUCAAGGCCAGCAUCAUGAAGAGCCUGCGCUCGCACCAGCUAGCCGAGAAGAAGUCGCUGGACCAGCUGAAGCGGCAGAUGGAGCGGAUCCGAGCCAAGCAGCAGAAGUACCACCAGGAGCAGGCCAGCAGCCCGGAGCAGGAAGGGGCCACAGCAGCGCCCGGUGGUCCGGCAGACCCGUCCCGGCAGAGGCAGCGCUGGUGGCGGCCGUGGUUAGACCACGCCACAGUGCUGCAUUCCGGGGAAUACUUCCUCUUCGAGUCGGACAGCGAGGAGGAGGAGGAGGUGCAGGAGGAGCUGCGGCCGGGGAGGCUGAGUGCCUUCCAGCUCGCCUACCAGGCCUGGGUGACCAACACCAGGACGGUGCUGCGGCAGCAGGAGGAGCCCGAGCAGCCAGGGCCACCCAGCACCGACGGCGCUGCAGGGGAUGACGCAAGGAGAGAGGUGGAGGCUGCCGAGGGGGCUGAAGGCCGGGAGGAAGAGAACGUGGAAAGUUCUGAGCGCAGCAACGUCUUGCAGCGGGCACUGAACACGCUGAGGUUCCUGUGGCUGCUGUGCCAGGCCCUGGUGGACGGGCUGACCAAGUGGCUGGACACCCAAAACCGGGAGCACACGGACAUGUCCCACGUCCUGUGCCUCGAGAGAUUCGUCAUGGCACAGCGCCUGGCCAAGGGAGAGGAGAUAAACGAGGAGUUCCCAGAUGAGCUCUACGAGCUUCCCCCAGAGGAGUUCCUGCAGGAGCCGAGCCCGCCCGGCUCCUUGGCUGCGGAUUCCCAAAGCGGCACUUCCAGCCUGGAGGACGUGGCUGAUGCCCAGCAGUUCCUGGCCGUUCCCCAGCAGCGCCGGCGGACUGCCAGUGAGCUCCUCAGGAGCAGGAGGUUGUAUGUCUCCGAGCUGGAGGAGUCGGAGCAGUUCUACCAAUCCCACAACCGGUUCCUGAAGCUGCUGCUGGCCGGGUACCGCUGCGUCACCGGCCACUCCGACCUGCUCUGUUACUUCACCAUCAUCCUCAACAACAUGGUCACCGGCUCCGUCAUCUCCCUCUUCCUGCCCAUCCUCAUCUUCCUCUGGGCCAUGCUUUCCAUCCCCCGGCCCACCAAGCGCUUCUGGAUGACCGCCAUCCUCUUCACCGAGAUGACGGUGGUGGUGAAAUACCUCUUCCAGUUUGGCUUCUUCCCCUGGAAUGGCUACAUCACCCUGCUGCGCUACGAGGGCAAGCCCUUCUUCCCACCACGCAUCCUGGGCUUGGAGAAGUCCAUCCACUACAUCAAGUAUGACCUCCUGCAGCUCCUGGCCCUCUUCUUCCAUCGCUCCCUGCUGCUGUCCUAUGGGCUGUGGGACCAGGAGAAGACGACGGAUGAGAAGCAGGAGAGCAAGGAAGGGGAGGAGAAGCCGGAGGAAGCCGUGUCCUCACCAUCAGCAGUGGCUGAGGAAGGGCUGGAGGCUCCAGCCCAGCCAGGAGCACUGGGAGCAGCCACGGGGCUGGAGCUGGAGCCAGAGGGCGAGUCCGUGGAGCAGGAGGAGGGGACCGAAGCCACACAGCUCCGCUUCAGGAGGAAGCAGGGGAGGAAGAUGCUGGAGAUGGUUCCAGCGGAAGGGGGUGAGGAAGAGGAGGAGGAAGUGUCAGAAGAGAGCCACGCUCAAAGGAAGCUGAAGGCGUUUGGCUUGCGGGUCAAGGGCUUCAUCCUCACCAAGGCACAGUACAUGUACCAGCCCGUGUGCAAGUUCUUCCGGGACAUCCUGGACACGCAGAGCCGUGCAGCCACCGACGUCUACGCCUACAUGUUCCUGGCUGAUGUGGUCGACUUCAUCAUCAUCGUCUUCGGCUUCUGGGCCUUUGGGAAACACACGGCGGCCGCCGACAUCACCUCCUCGCUGUCGGAAAACCAAGUGCCGGAGGCUUUCCUUUUCAUGAUGCUCUUCCAGUUCAGCACCAUGGUCAUCGACCGCGCGCUCUACCUCCGCAAAACGGUGCUGGGCAAGCUCAUCUUCCAGGUCACCCUGGUCUUCGGCAUCCACGUCUGGAUGUUCUUCAUCCUGCCCUACGUCACCGAAAGGUUGUUCCGCCACAACACGGUGGCCCAGCUGUGGUACUUUGUGAAGUGCAUCUACUUCGGGCUGUCGGCCUACCAGAUCCGCUGUGGCUACCCCACCCGCAUCCUGGGCAACUUCCUCACCAAGAAAUACAACCACCUCAACCUCUUCCUCUUCCAGGGGUUCCGCCUCGUGCCCUUCCUGGUGGAGCUGCGGGCCGUCAUGGACUGGGUGUGGACAGACACCACGCUGUCCCUCUCCAACUGGAUGUGCGUGGAGGACAUCUACGCCAACAUCUUCAUCAUCAAGUGCAGCCGGGAGACUGAGAAGAAAUACCCCCAGCCCAAGGGGCAGAAGAAGAAGAAGGUGGUGAAGUACGGCAUGGGCGGCCUCAUCAUCCUCUUCCUCGUGGGCAUCAUCUGGUUCCCGCUGCUCUUCAUGUCCCUGGUGCGCUCCGUGGUGGGCAUCAUCAACCACCCCAUCGAUGUCACCGUCAACCUCAAGCUAGGGGGGUACGAGCCUCUGUUCAGCACGAGCUCCCAGCAGCAAUACAUCCAGCCCUUCACCUCCGAGGAAUACGAUGAGCUCACCAAAGAGUUUGAGAGCGAGCCGCUGGCCAUGCAGUUCAUCAGCCUCUACGGCAUGGAGGACAUCGUGACCGCCCGCGUCGAGGGCAGCUCGGGCUCGCUGUGGAGCAUCAGCCCGCCCAGCCGCGAGCAGAUGCGGCUGGAGCUGCAGAACGGCUCCUCCGACAUCACCCUGCACCUCACCUGGAUCUUCCAGAGGGACCUGAACAAGGGGGGCACGGUGGAGAACGCCUACGGCAAACACGACACAGACCUGCAGCCCGGCGCGCCCCAGCGCCUGGAGCUGGCCCAGCUGCUGGAUGGCACCAGGGAUAAGCCCGUGGUAUUGCCAAACCUCUUCCCCAAAUACAUCCGGGCGCCCACGGGCAGCGAAGCCGAACCUAUCAAGCAGCUGCUGCCAGAUGACUUGGACAGCUACCUGGACGUGGAGGUGCAGCUGAAACGGGAGCGCAGGGGCUCCGGCCGCGGGGAGCACUUUGUGGAGUGGUGGGUGCUGAGGCAGAAGGACGCGCCACCCCAAGAAGGCAACAUCCUCCCCAUGAUCAUCUUCAACGACAAAGUCAGCCCGCCCAGCCUGGGCUUCCUGGCUGGCUACGGGAUCAUGGGGCUCUACGUGUCCAUCGUGCUGGUGAUCGGCAAGUUCGUGCGGGGCUUCUUCAGCGAGAUCUCCCACUCCAUCAUGUUCGAGGAGCUGCCCUACGUGGAUCGCAUCCUGAAGCUGUGCCACGACAUCUUCCUGGUGCGGGAGACGGGCGAGCUGGAGCUGGAGGAGGAGCUCUACGCCAAGCUCAUCUUCCUCUACCGCUCACCCGAGACCAUGAUCAAGUGGACACGGGAGAAGAAUUAA